AUGGUGCCUCGUGGACCCGGUCGGGGAUGUGAGAGAGAUCGUACUAGUACGCAGGAACCGAAAAUCAACCCGGUAAACCUUAUGGCAGCGUUGGAGAAUAUGGCUGCUGCUGUGCAGGCCACUACGGAGGCUCUUGGGCAACAGAUAAACAAUAAUGGCAAUGGCAGAAGGGAAGCUCAGGGCCCGAUGACACUGGCUAUGGAGCGAGCACUGCAAUCGCAGUUGGUACCCGAGGAGCAGUGUGUUGAAUUUGCUACCUAUUUGCUUACUGGGGAAGCAUCGCAUUGGUGGCAAGGGGCCCGACACCUCCUGCAGCAGGGGGAUGAUCCUAUCACUUGGGAUGCCUUCCAGGUGGAAUUCUAUAAGAAGUACUUUCUGAAUUCCACCAGGACAACCAAGGAAUUGGAGAUACUGCAGCUGAAGCAAGGUGCUAUGUCCGGAGCUCCGGGAGACUUCGAGGAAUGGAAAUGCAUUAAGUAUGAAGGAGGGCUCCAGAGCGACAUCUUAAGUUCAGUGGGACCAAUGGAGAUCCGAACUUUUUCAGAUUUGGUGAAUAAGAGCAAAAUUGCUGAAGAGUGUGUGAAAAGGAGGGUUGCAGAGAAAGGAAGUCAUAGAGAGCACAACCAAGGAUUCGCACCAAGGGGUCGAGAGUUUAAGGGGAGAGGAUACUGA